GCACUCGACAGAACAUGUAGUUGAGGCUGAGAAGAAGAAACUUGAAAGGGGGAACCAAAGAAAAAAGGAAGGAGAAGAAGCGGAAGAAGAAGAAACAGAAGCACUUGAAAUUGGUGCAGAGGGAGGGGGCGCAAGAAGGAAGAGAGAAAAUGGAUGACUAUACUCGCGAAAUGAUGGACCUGAAGACACUCGUCACGCGCACCCUCGAGAAGAAAGGCGUCCUCGCCAGGAUCCGCGCUGAACUCAGAGCAAGCGUUUUCGAGGCUAUCGAAGAGGAGGAUCGGGUAAUCGAGAAGGAACCUGCAUUGCCUCCUGCAUUGCUUGGUAGCUGCAACGAUCGAGCCAAACAGCUUCACGCUUCUCCCUCAGGUAGACUCCUUACUGCGCUCAUUUGUGAAUACCUAGACUGGGCGCAACUCAAUCACACGUUGAAGGUUUACCUUCCAGAAUGUAAUUUGGAAAAGGAUUUUUGGAAGGCUGAGCUGAAAGAAUUUAGUAGCAAAAAUGGAUACGACCUCAACAGAAAUGGAGAUAGCCCUCUACUCUUGGAUGUGCUUGAAGGAUUCUUGAGAUUUGAGAAUCUAUCCCAAGCACGGGCUUUGCCAAACUCAGACUCCCGAAACAUGCGAAGGCCUUCUUCAUCAUCUGUUGCCGGUGGCUUGCCACCGCUGGGAAGGGCUGUUCCUUCAUCGCAGGCAUCCGAUAGAAGAGGAGGAUCCUCCACAUCUGCAUAUAGGAUGGAUGAGUACAAUUGGCGAUAUGACAGUGAUGAACUUCCUGAGGGUGUAAUUCAAGCCUCAAGUGCACUGGAAAAUCUUCAUUUGGACAGGAAGGCUCGGAAUCUAACAUCUUCUUGGAGGUUGGUUCUGAUGCAAUUCUUUUUUGUUCUUCUCUUGUAAUUGCUCAACAAUUCA